AUGGAAACGGGAGCGUGGUUCACUCUUCUGGGGUUGGUUCUGGCCAUGGCCGGAGUGGGCCGCUCUCUCCAGGAGGAAGGGGGGUUGGAGCCCAGCGAAGACCUGCGGAGUGACUCUGAAGAGACCCUCACAGAGCAGCUAUCUCAUGCACUGUAUGUCAACACGGUCAGGUGUCUGUCUGUGUUUCAGGAGGUAGAGGAACAAGGGGGGCAUGAGUUGGACGACCGUCUCCUGAACACUGUUCUUCACGCCCUCUUCCAAGGUACAAAGAGGUAUGGCCGCAACCCCUCAAUUCUCCACCAGCCACAGAGGUUUGGCCGCGGGACCAGGGGGAGUUUCAGUACAGAUGCACGGAUACAGUCCCGCGACUGGGAGACAGUCCCUGGCCAGAUCUGGAGCAUGGCUGUGCCACAGAGAUUCGGCAGAAAGUGAACAUCGGAUGGCAGAGACAUUAAAACAGGCAGAAGACCAGAAGAAACCAAAUCACUAAUGAAUAAAACAUACAUGACUCCGGUUUUUAAAAACCUAUCCACCC